AUGUCUCUCCUGGACCACAGUCCCCAUCAGGGCGGAGGCCCCGAUCUGACCAAAGUGGAGGUCAAGCUCAACCACUCUGAGCUUUUCAGAGCAGAAUGCAAGAGGCUGAUCCGGGAAACCGACAAGGCCUGCAAACGCAUGCAGGACGAUGACAAUAGGCGACUUGAUCAGCGAGUCCGAGACAUCCAGUUUCUGAAGAAGGAGUUGGAGCUGAAGCUGGAGGAGAUAACGCAGGAGACGGAUGUCCUCCUGCUUUUGCAAAGCCGAGUCAUGAAGGCCAUGGAAGCAAGCACAGAGCCUCUGAGGGUCACCAACUUGUGUUUGGUGGAGAGAAUGAAGCGUGAGCCGUCCGAGAGGCUGCAUGACAACGUGGACUGCGAGCUGCGGAGAGAGCGGGAAGUUCUCGAGGGAGUGGCGUCCCUUCUGCAGCGUGUGCAGGAGCAGAUCUCUGAGCAAAUACGGCUGAACCGCUCUGCCAAGUACCAUCUAGAGCAGGAUCUGAAGGAUAAGUUCAAAGCUCAGUCCAUUGACAACUCCUGUGCUUUAAUGACCGCCCACUCCAUCAACGGCACGCAGAGGUCAAACAACAAGAUGGCCGUCCUGCCCAGCUUGGUAGUGACUCCGAUGCAGUGGGAGAACUUGUCGGACAUCAACAUCGCUAAAGCGGAGCAUCAGAGGACCAACUCCGUGUCCCUGCGGGCCCUGGUGGAGUCUGUGCUGGAGCAAACGGCAGCUGACAUGCAGAAGCAGGUCAAAGCCACUUCAGCAGCCAUCCAGCUAAAUGUCCAGCAGAUCAAGUCUGACAAGAGCCAGAUGGAGGAUAAAAUGCCUAAGCUUCAGGCUGAGAUCACCAACCAGCAGAGGAUCAGAGAGGACCUCCUUGUGGCCAUGACACAGAACGAGCACUUCUGGAGUUUGGCUCAGGCCCGGCUGGCUUUGCGCUGCCAGAGGCCCGGCAAAGAGCAGUGCCAUGAUCCGGCACAGGCCCAGCUCCUCGCCGAGGUCCAGCAGCUCAGUACCCACAUCGACAAACUGCGUGAAGACGCGCUCCAGUCAGAGGAGGAGCAGCGGGCGCUGGCUCGCUGCCAACUGGCGCUUCGGGAAGACAUCGAAAUCAAAGCCAAGAGCCUUUACAUUGACGAGGUGGUCUGCAUGCAGCACCGGGAGACCAUUGUCCUGAACAAGUUCUGA